ACUGUUUUUUUUGUCUUUAAACUAUGUAAAAACUGCGUUUAUUCAGUUCCUAAACCCAUUUUUCCAGUUGUUAUGAAUGACUAUGAGGUGAUUCGGCAGAUCGGAGAAGGUGCCUUUGGUAAAGCCUUACUCGUUAGAGACAGGAGGGUGGAUGGAGAGAAGCUCUGUGUGGUGAAACAGAUCAGCCUGAAGAAGAUGUCCUCGAAAGAGAAAGAAGCCUCUAAGAAAGAAGUUAUUUUGCUGUCGCAGAUGAAUCAUCCCAACAUCGUUUCUUUCAUCACUACAUUUCAAGAGAAGGGUGGUCUGUACAUAGUGAUGGAGUACUGCGAUGGAGGAGAUCUGCUGAAGAGGAUCAACAUGCAGAGAGGAAUACCCUUCUCUGAGGAGCAGAUAGUGGACUGGUUCAUUCAGAUCUGCCUGGGCCUCAAACACAUCCACGACAGGAAGGUCCUUCACAGAGACAUCAAAUCUCAGAAUAUCUUCCUAACCGACGGAGGGAUGAAAGUAAAGCUGGGGGACUUUGGAAUCGCAAGAAUGUUGAAUAACACGCUGGAGAUGGCUAGGACCUGCGUUGGGACACCAUACUACCUCUCACCGGAGAUCUGUGAGAGUCGGCCCUACAAUAACAAAACAGAUAUCUGGUCUCUGGGUUGUGUCCUCUACGAACUCUGCAGCCUGAAACAUCCAUUUGAGGGCAGCAGUCUGAGGCAGCUGGUCAGUAAAAUCUGCAGAGGCCGCUACACACCUGUACCCAGCCGCUACUCCCACGACCUUCGCCUGCUAGUUACCCAGCUCUUCAAGGUCAACCCCCGUGACCGUCCCUCAGUGAGCUCAGUCCUCCGUCGGCCAUUCUUGGAAAAGCACAUCAGCAGACAUCUCAACACUCAGAUGAGGCAAGAUGAGUUUAACCACAUGGCUUCACAUCGAAACAGAUUUGCAGCUGCAUCUGAAACUGUUAAAAUAAGAACAGGAGCAGAAAACGCUGCAGUAAAGGGACAGAAAGCCAGAGGAGCAGAAAGGCCUGGGGCAGCAGGCAGAAGACCGCCUGGUAAGCCUGACUAUAGGGUCCCUAUCCGAGUGAACAACCCCCCUCAACACAGACCUCUUCAUCAAAGAGCGGCCAAACCAGCUGCAGACAGAAGGUUUGCAGGGAUUCAGAAAUUUGAUGGGCGGCAAGCUGAAAACCACUACCAGCACUACCACGCUCAGCUGGAUGUCUUUCAGCAGAGAAAUAAAGACGUUCCUGCUGGUGCUCCACCUGUAGCUCCUAAUCCAGCUGCUGCCCCUCAGGGUCCAGUCAUGGAUGUGAAGCCACACGAUGAUGAACAAGAUGGUCGUCCUGUGGAACCCUACCAACUUGUGGCUGCAGCUCGUAACGAAUACCUGCAGAGGAAACAGGAGGCCAACCUGUAUAAACUGAGAGCAGAGAAACAGCUGGGUUUGCGGCCAUCUACAGCUGAGAGCAACAGGAAACUAAAUGGUGUAGAGCAAGAGGUGGGACGCCCUGAAAACCAACAUUUUCCCCAGGACAGAAAAUAUGAGGGACAGCAGCUACUAUCGCUAACAGAAGACCUGCAGCCUAAUACGUGUGUGAUUAUUUGUCAGCCACUAGAUAAACAAGGAACCUUUGUGGUUGAAAAAGCACGAGACCUGGGUGCUGCUUCAGAUGCUGAAGAGCAACAAGAAACACCUGUUCAGGAUAUAGAAGCAGCUCUGAGGCAGAUCAGAGACGAGAGCAACAAUUAUUUGAAGAAAAGGAACAAAGAUAAGAGAGGAAUCACGUUUGAGAUCCGGUUGGAUGAAGAAGAAACCAAAGACACCGGAGAGGAAAACACAGAGGAGAUGAAAAGCAAAGAGGACGAGGAAGUGGAUCGUCUCAAUCAUGCUUUAAGCUUCCAGGAAGGGGAGGAGUUAAAACUCAAAGAUUGGUCAAAGGAGAGAAAGAAGUGGAGCCAAAGGAUCCCUCAGACUCUGCUGGACGACCUCGCCAACAUGGACAUCAACUCAGUUUAUAACACAGCAGCAGCUGAGCCUGAAGAAGAAGGUCGCAGGCAGUGGACCAGAGGCCCGGCUAACUCCCUGCUAAACGCUCUCGCUCAGAAUCAACCUUCAUCACCUCUGGACUCAGUCAUUGCCGAUUUUGAUGCAGUGGAGAAUGAGGAGGAUAAAGAGGACUCAGAUGUUGAAAUGGACAAACAGCGUCUGGAGCCAAGGUCUGAUGAUGAUGACACGAAUUUUGAGGAGUCAGAGGACGAGCUGAGGGAGGCCGUGCGUGACUCCAUGAGGAACCUUUUCGUUAUGGAGAACUCCAGCUCAGAUGAAAAUGAGCAGGAGAAGUUAAAGGAGGCUGGAGAGGCAGAGAGGAACAGCGGAGGGGCAGUUAGUUCCUCAGGUGAAGACUCACCAGGACCUGAAAAUGAUGUUUCUACUAAAUCUGAACAAGAUCCAGAUGGUCCAACUGAUUCCCAGCCAGAGAAGAACACGCCUCAGAAUAAGCAUCAGGCUACAUGAGUCCUUAUUUCAGUGAAACACUGAACUGAUCUACCUGUAAGUUAGAGAUGGGAUUACUCUGAAUCAUUUGCCCAAUAACAUGAGAAGGAGUUGAAAGCUUUGCUCUUGGUAAAACAGAUAGUUACAAUCUUUAUUAGUGUAAGAUAUACAUAUUAAUUUAGAUUGAUAAUUUAAUUUUUUUGUGUUACUACCUGCAGUCCUCAUAAUAUUAUUUAGUUUUAAAUCCAGGAGUAAAUAAAUAAAUCUUGAAAUAAAACAAAAUAAACUUUUUGAAUAAAACGGGUCUUCUUAUCAAACAGGUCAUUAGUAUUUACUGUGUAAUGUAGGACAGAAUAAAAAUAGGGAAGUUUCGCAGGACAUGCAACGUUUUUGGAUUCUUGUAAAUUUCUUGUACUUCUUCCCCUACAGUGGGGACUUAUGGAAGGUGCCGAAUCACAUUCAACAAACGUUUCAACUUCAGAAAAGGAUCCAUGUAAAACUCUACAGAAGAGGGAUCCACAGCUUCUUUAAUUCCAAAA